UCGAAAGCAGGCUGAUAACGUCGCCCCGGCGCCUGUGGUGAAAGCUUAGCUCCACUUCCUCUUUCUUUCCGCUUAAAUCUUCCUCUUCUUGACGUAAUGAUGGAGCUGGAAAAAGGUGGAGUCAUCUCUGAGCUGCUUUGGAGGUCUGUUGGUGGCCGGCAGAGAGGGAGAGGAUCCAGAAGAGCUAGAGGGGGCAGAGCAGCUGGAUCUGUCCUCCACUGGGAGCUUUAAGUCGAGGGCUCCGGGUGUCUGAAUCCUCCCUGAACGUCCCACGACUUCCCACCACAUUCCUCCGCUGCAGGAUUUCAGCCAGAAACGUCCCGCCAUCUGAAAACAAGAGCUCCCUGCAAUCUUUACAAGACAGACGCUCGACCUCCUGCGACCUGAUUUCCUGGCUGCCUGGUGCCAUCUCUCAGGAAGGUUACGCCUUAUCAUAGUCAAAGUUAAUUAUUAUUCUGGAGAGCUCAUUCUCCCCUUAUCUCAGGGGGAAGCGGCUGAGUCGAUGGCGUUGUGUCUUGGACAAGUGUUCAGCAAAGACAAAACAUUCAGGCCGAGGAAGAGGUUUGAACCGGGCACCCAGCGCUUUGAGCUCUACAAGAAGGCCCAGGCCUCGCUCAAGUCCGGCCUGGAUCUGAGGAAAGUGGUUCAGCUGCCCGAGGGAGAGAACAUCAACGACUGGAUAGCCGUUCACGUGGUGGAUUUCUUCAACAGGAUCAACUUGAUCUACGGCACGGUGAGCGAGUACUGCUCCGAGCGCACGUGUCCUAUCAUGUCCGGGGGGCUGAGGUACGAAUACAGGUGGCAGGACGGCGACGACUACAAGAAACCCACCAAGCUGCCCGCUCUCAAGUACAUGAACCUGCUCAUGGACUGGAUAGAGUCGCUCAUCAAUAAUGAGGACAUCUUCCCCACCAGAGUAGGUGUACCUUUCCCCAAGAACUUCCAGCAGGUGUGCAAGAAGGUCCUGAGCCGUCUCUUCAGGGUGUUUGUGCACGUUUACAUCCAUCACUUUGACAGCAUCUGCAGCAUGGGCGCAGAGGCCCACAUCAAUACCUGCUACAAGCACUACUACUACUUCAUCUCAGAGUUCAACCUCAUUGAUCACUCUGAACUGGAGCCCCUGAAAGAGAUGACAGAGAAGAUAUGCAAUUAAACAAAACCACAUGGACAAAAAGGAGUUUACAUUUUGACGUUAUCUGAGCCCUGUGAGAAACCGUCGGCUUCAAAACACUCAAAACAAAGAACAAUUCUACAUAAAGUUGUACGAGUGGGUUUUUAAGCAAAACUGGGAAGGUCCACUAACUCACCACACUUCUUCAGAUGGUGUCUCUGCGCCUUCGCAGAGGUUUUUACGUAUGGUGACUGUGGUGCUUGAUGCCAUCAUUAUAGGACUUUGUGUUGGUUUAUAAUUCAUCUCCUGUACUUGUGCCUUUUCUUUCCUCCUGUGCAUGUAUGUGUUUGACCUUUUAUAUACAGUGUUGAGUCUUUUUUUGUUGAAUGAAAGUUUGGAUUUUAUUUGUUUUUAUAGUUUGAAUAUAAAAAUGCAGCCUAAAUAUUCUCAA